AUGACUUUCUGUUCUUGGAAUGUUAGGGGGUUGCGGGGUGAUGGGAAGAUGAGAAUGGUGAAGGAUUUGAAAAAUAAAUUUAACCUGAGCAUGUUAGGCUUGAUUGAGACUAAGAGACAGGUUGUGACAAGGUUAGACGUCAAUAGGAUUUGGGGAGGUUCUGGGACAGGGUGGGAAUAUGUAGGGUCGGACGGUGCAUCCGGGAGACUGUUGAUGAUUUGGGACGACACUUUUUUUCAUAUGAACAACUGCUAUAAGGGAGAAAGAUGGUUAUGUGUUAAAGGUGUUGUGCUAAAGAAUAGCUUCAACUGUGCUUUUCUCUUGAUAUACGAUGCACAUAGUAGAGAAGAGAAAAGCCAGAUGUGGGAGGAGUUGAGUUACAUUGAUGGUCGACUUGAUAGAGUGUUGGUAAGUGUGGAAUGGUUAGAAGAGUUCUUUGAGACUCGGCUACAAGAAGGACCAAGAGGCUUAUCGGACCACUGCCCUAUUAUUGUGGAGGAUCGGAGGAUGAAGGGAGGUCCUAGGCCCUUUCGGAGUCUUGACGCGUGGUUCACACAUGACGGCUUCCUUCGAAUGGUUAAGGAGGAAUGGAGGGGUUUAGGGGAGUUGCAAUUUACAGAUAAAUUGAAGGCGCUAACGGGUCUGUUGAGAAGUUGGCACAAGAACAACUUUGGUGACAUGAACAAUAAGAUAUUGAAGCUUGAGGAAGAGAUAAAAAAGGUUGAUGAUAUGGCAAGUGCUGGAGUGUAUGAUGCUAUUAUGGAGGCUAGAAGGAAAGCACUAGUUACUUGCUGUGAGCGAUGGUAUGUGAGGAAAGAAAUCCACUGGAAGCAAAUGUCUCGAUCUCAGCAAGCCAAGGAGAUGGACAGAAACACAAGGUACUUCCAUAAUAUAGCGUCGUCAAGAAGGAGGAAUAAUCGGAUUGAUAAUCUGGUAGUCAAUGGCAGACUGAUAAGAAACCAAGCUAGAAUUAAAGUAGCUAUUAGAGAUUUUUAUAAAGAUUUAUAUCAUCAGGAGAGCUCUCCUUUACUGGGGUUCAAAGAUGGGAUGGUUAGAAGGAUAGAUGAGGAAGAAUCGAGGUCCUUGGAGGUGAUGCCAUCAGCUGAGGAAAUUAGACAGGCAGUGGGAUUGUGA